AUUUGCCAGAACUAUCAGAUUUCAUGCUUCCCCAGCAACUAGAUUCGACAAGUGCAUUAAAGCUGCAUGAAUGGGCAAUGGAAUGCAGAAGCAGAGAAGUGGUUUGAAGCAUGAAGAAGACACAGAAACUUUAAUCCAUGACUUCAUCAAUUCUAACAAAUUGGCCUCCUCAUGGAAUGUUGUGCUGUGACCCCACUAGCUACUGAUGAUAU